AUGGGGUGGAACGGGGAGAAGGGACACAGCAGGUUUGUUUGGCUCUACACCUUGGUUUACGGUUUUGGCAAGCUCAGGCUGCUUGAGAUCGGAGGAAUAAUAUGGCCAUUAGCGACUGUUCCUGCUCAAUCCGUCCAACUAGGGCCAGUCGUGAGGCAAAAUGGAGGGAUUGAAUUGGGGGCAUAUGUUACUCUGAGGGAAUUCGAAGAACCCGUGCUUGAGGCGGCUAGAGUGACGUUAAGACCGGUGACGCCGCCAACAUUUGCAAUUGAUGAGAUGUUUUCGAUAUAUGCGAAGGAGAUCCUGGUCGAUCUGCGGCAUGUCGUCAAGGGAGCUACGAUUGAGUUGCAAUGUGCGGGGAAGCUGAGGCUGUUCUUGGUUGAGGAUGCAACACCAGUGAGCGAAGCCCCGGCCGGACAGCCGAACAAGGGCGGGCAGUUGGCAUAUAGGAUGUCUCGCAGGACUGAGGUUUCCGUCUCACCAUCAGCAAUAUCAAAUCCCUCAGCAGCCUCAAACCCUCGCGCACCCACCAUCAGUUACGCUUCGGUGGGCGGCCUCGGCAACGAGAUCGCAACCGUACGAGAGAUGGUCGAAACGUCCCUCAAUGAACCGGAAAAGUUCACUCGUUUCGGACUACGCCCGCCCCGCGGCGUGCUGCUGUUCGGCCCACCGGGAACGGGAAAAACUUUGAUUGCGAGAGCAGUGGCGGCCGAGACUGGUGCCCAUGUGAUUAAUGUGAAUGGGCCGGAGGUCAUAAGCAAGUACUUUGGUGAGACCGAGGAGAAGCUCCGUAAACUGUUCACAACAGCAAAUGAGAACGCUCCAUCUAUCAUCUUCAUCGACGAAAUCGACGCCCUUUGUCCAAAACGGGAUUCUUCCGCUACCGACCUCGAAAAGCGGGUCGUUGCAACACUGCUCACUCUAAUGGACGGCGCCGACGCGACCGAUGACCCGCUUGAUACACGGCACCGAGUGGUAAUCAUGGGCGCAACUAACAGGCCAAAUUCUUUGGACGAGGCGUUGCGAAGGCCCGGCCGGUUCGAUCGGGAGAUCGAGAUUGGUAUACCAAGCGCGCCUGCUCGUCUCGAAAUCCUGACUGCGCUACUACGCCAUGUCCCGCACUCGCUGUCCGAAGUGGAGGUAGCCGAAGUGGCGGCCAAGACGCAUGGAUAUGUCGGUGCCGACCUGGCCGCAGUAUGCAGGGAGGCUGGGCUCAAAACCAUCAAGAGAGUGACGGCAAAUGGAACUGCGAUGAAAGGGGAUAAUGACGUCGAUCUACGAAUCAGUCAUGAUGACGUCCUUGCAGCAUUGACGGAAAUAAAGCCCAGCGCAAUGCGAGAGAUCAUGCUAGAAGUACCGAAAGUGCUUUGGACGGACAUUGGCGGGCAGGCUGAGACGAAGCAGAAACUGAAGGAAGCUGUUGAAUGGCCAUUGAAGCAUCCAGAAGCCUUCGCAAGAUUCAACAUCCGCCCACCGAAAGGAAUACUACUGUACGGUCCGCCGGGUUGCAGUAAAACCCUCAUGGCAAAAGCGCUGGCGACAGAAGCAGGCUUGAACUUCAUUGCCGUGAAGGGACCAGAGCUUUUCAGCAAAUGGGUAGGGGAGUCGGAAAAGGCCGUCCGUGAGGUCUUCCGGAAAGCAAGGGCGGCGUCACCUUCCAUCGUAUUCUUCGACGAAAUAGACGCACUAGCCGUCCGAAGAGGCGGGGACGAAACUUCGGUUGCCGACCGGGUGUUGUCCCAACUGCUCGCUGAGAUGGACGGAAUCGAGCCGUUGGUGAAUGUCACUGUCGUUGCGGCGACCAACCGGCCAGAUAUCAUCGAUAGCGCCUUGCUCCGCCCGGGUCGAAUCGACCGCAUUCUUUACGUGUCGCCACCGGACCAAGAUUCGCGACGAGAGAUCUUUCGGAUACAGACCAAAAGAAUGGCAUGCUCCGCUGAUGUGGACGUGGACUUGCUAUCUCGAAUUACUAAUGGAUACUCUGGCGCCGAAUGUGUGGCCAUCGGUCAAGAGGCAGCCAUGCGGGCCAUGGAGGAGAAUUUAUAUGCUGAGGAGGUCUGUCUUCGACAUUUCGAACACGCCGUAAGGAACGUGACACCGCGCAUCACCGACGACAUGAUCAAGUUCUACGACGAUUUCCGCAUGCAGUCUGGGUUAAGGAGCGUUUGAUGGUUUCCGUCUCUAUAUGCUUGCCCGAGUCCAGCGCUUGUACAACUUUUACACACAACUUUCAACCCAGACCAAACAAGCUGUUAGGCUAUUGGUGCUCUGUACGCCGUUGUGUACUUGACGGAUCAUCGCCCGACUCCGUGGUGUCUUCUUCCUUCGCGUUUCUAUCACUCCGCAGGGAUCUCUUGAACUUCGUACUAAACGAUCUAUUUCUACUCAACAAAGGCGUCAACGCUAACCGCUCGUUCUUUGUUCCCUCAGAAGGCGUUUGAAGUUCGAUUGCAGUAAACGUAUCCGCAGCCGUCGUGCCCGCUUUACUGGCGGAAGAAUCAAGUUUCCGGUCGGCGAUGCCCA